AUGUCUCUUGCUAAUGAAAAUUCAAUACAAUGUGAGGAUGAUGAUGAUUUUUUCACCUGUCGGGUUAUUCAUGAAGAACGGUUAAAUGAUUUUUUAGUAGAACCUGAUUUUUUUUUGGAUGAUUUAGAACCAUUAGGAAUUUCUCAAGAACAUAAAAAGUUUAGAAUUCAAAUAGUUAAAGAAUUGAUUAAGGAAGCAACUCAAAACCCAUUAAAAAGAAAUACUCGUAAUGGAGAAAAUGGAGAGACAUCUGAAAAGAAAAAUGACAAUAAAAGAUUUCGUGUUUCUGACAUUUUUGAAUUACCAGCAACUAGAUUAAUUGUAAAAAUUGACAUGUUUCACAAAAAUUUUACAUAG